AUGAGAAGCUUUCGCGUUGUAGGUGAAAGACCGUACAAGUGCCACCUGCCAGACUGUGGCCGCGCCUUCAUCCAGCUCUCGAAUCUCCAGCAGCACCUGCGAAAUCACGACGCCCAGGUAGAGAGGGCCAAGAACAGGCCAUUUCAUUGUAACAUAUGUGGAAAGGGCUUUGCCACGGAAAGUAGUUUGCGAACACAUACAGCUAAGGAGCUUCAGCUGCACCUUGGUGUUUUGCAGCAACAUGCAGCGCUCAUGAUAGGGGGCGCCACCGCCACCCCAUGCCCAAUAUGCCAUAAAGUGGUAUUCGGGGGCGAAGCCCUAGUCGAACAUAUGAAGAACACGCACAAGGAUCCCAACGCGUCCGGCGUAGCCAGCCCUCCUGCCACAUCACCGUACCCAGCGCAAGCUAAACCUAUUGAUCCUUAUGUAGCGAAGCGGCGGACUGCGAACCACCCGUGCCCGGUUUGCGGGAAGCAUUACGUCAAUGAAGGGUCUUUGCGGAAACACCUCGCCUGUCACCCAGAGACACAGCUGACGAGCGGUCUGCGGAUGUGGCCUUGCUCUGUAUGUCAAGCGGUGUUCACUCAUGAAAGUGGUCUCUUAUCCCACAUGGAACACAUGAGAAUGGAACCAAAACAUCAGUUCGCCGCACAAUACGUCCUCUCGAGAGCAGCAGCUGAACGACGAGAAAGAGAUAUCCUUGCCGCAGUUUCGGCUUCGGCAGGAGGUUCAGGUCUUCUUAAUCUGGCUCCACCAUCACCUGCUCAUUCGGACUCAUCGUCCAACGGUCGUUUAUCGUCAUCCGCUGGGUCUGAAGCGGGAGCUGCUGUAAACAAACUAUCUGACCUGUUAAGAUCGAACAACGGACAUCAAGCUUAUCCUGACGAAAGAGUAGCAGCAAUAGCAGCCGCUGCAGCGAACAUGAUGGCACAACCGGGCGAAGGUCCGAACGCUGUUCAGGUCGCUGCUGCAAAUCUAGUUACCGCGAUGCGCCAGCAGUUAGCUAGAGAACCGCCAGCACAAACACCCGAAACACCACCAGCGCCUACCGAAGCAGCUCUUCGAAUUCAGCAGGCUGAAGCUUUACUCCGAAGUCAAGCGGAAGCUCUCAGGCUAGCUGUGACUCAGGCCGCUGCAGGGCACAAUAGCGAAAAUCCAAGCCCGUUAAGACACAACGGAGGGUUUCCCCAACCGAAUGACGUCAGUGGACAACUUUCUCCAGAGCUUGUAGAAGCGUUCCGAAUCGCGCAAGAGCAGAGAUUAGAGCAAGCAUUACGAUUGCACGACCCAAGAAUGCUAGGCUUUAAUCUACCGUCACCUGUGCAAGCUGCUCAACAGGCCGCUCAAGCUGCUCAAGCCGCUCAGGCUGCACAAGCGGCUCAGGCUGCACAAGCCGCCCAAGUAGCGCAGGCCGCGCAAGCUGCGCAGGCCGCCCAAGCUGCUCAAGCAGUGCAACAACAGCACAUUCAAGCUGCACAAGCGGCCCACGCCGCUCAGGCGGCCCAACAAGCGGCGCAACAGGCCGCACAACAAGCUGUCCACCUGCAGCAAAAUCCUCAACCGUGA